GCAGGUAUUAAAUAAAAUAUGCUGUUGUCAAUAGGAAUGCUGAUGUUGUCUGCCACUCAGAUAUACACUAUUUUGACUGUUCAGUUAUUUGCGUUCCUGAAUCUUUUACCUGUGGAGGCAGAUAUUUUAGCAUAUAACCUCGAAAAUGGAACCCAGACCUUUGAUGAUCUGCCUGCUAGAUUUGGCUACAGACUGCCAGCAGAAGGCUUGAAGGGAUUCCUAAUAAAUUCAAAACCAGAGAACGCAUGUGAGCCUAUAGCCCCACCUCCACUGAAAGACAACUCAUCCAGUGCUUUUAUUGUGUUGAUUCGAAGGCUUGAGUGCAACUUUGAUAUCAAGGUUUUAAAUGCACAGAGAGCUGGAUACAAGGCAGCUAUAGUUCACAAUGUUGAUUCUGAUGACCUCAUAAGCAUGGGAUCCAACGACAUUGGCGUUUUAAAGAAGAUUGACAUUCCUUCUGUCUUUAUUGGUGAGACAUCAGCUAAUUCUCUUAAGGAAGAAUUUACUUACGAAAAGGGUGGCCAUGUUGUGUUAAUCCCAGAGUUCAGUCUUCCGCUGGAAUACUACUUAAUCCCUUUCCUAAUAAUAGUGGGGAUCUGUCUUAUUCUCAUCGUCAUAUUUAUG